AAAACGAAAUAAUUCGUAUUUAUGGAGAGGGAGUGGUAUUGGUAGAAGAAGGAAGGCGAAGAAGCAAAAGCCUCGAUUUGGAGGGAGGCAGAGUGACUGUGUUUUUACAGAUCUCUUGCUCUCUCUCUCUCUCUCUCUCAUCCUCUUUCUCUCUCUAAGCGCAGAGAAAUCAAGAUUCGUCAAUGGGUUUGUGGGAAGCUUUUCUCAAUUGGCUCCGCAGCCUCUUUUUCAAGCAGGAAAUGGAACUAUCUUUGAUAGGACUUCAGAAUGCUGGAAAGACUUCUCUUGUAAAUGUUGUUGCAACGGGCGGAUACAGUGAGGACAUGAUUCCUACAGUAGGAUUCAAUAUGAAGAAGGUAACCAAAGGGAAUGUUACUAUAAAGUUGUGGGAUCUUGGAGGUCAACCCAGGUUCCGCAGCAUGUGGGAGCGAUACUGUCGUGCUGUUUCUGCCAUAGUUUAUGUUGUUGAUGCUGCCGAUCCAGAUAACAUGAGCGUCUCAAAAAGUGAGCUUCAUGAUUUGCUGAGCAAAAACUCACUAAGCGGGAUCCCACUACUGGUCCUUGGAAAUAAGAUUGACAAGCCGGGAGCUCUCAGUAAACAGGCAUUGACUGAUGAAAUGGGACUUAAGUCGAUUACAGACAGAGAAGUUUGUUGCUUCAUGAUCUCAUGCAAGAACUCAACGAACAUCGAUUCAGUUAUCGAUUGGCUUGUAAAGCAUUCCAAAUCAAAAAGCUGAGAGAUGGUUUUGCUUCUCUCUGCUUUUGUUUUUUCUGUGUGAUAUAAUUUUUAUUAAAGGAUUCUUUGUGUACGGGGUGUUGGCGUUUGGGAUUGACUUGUCUGAUUAACUUGGUUGCUGAUUAUUUGUUUUACUGUAUUCUACUGUAUCAUUUCUUCUAAUUGGAGACGAUCUAGGGUUGUUCUGGUGCUCUUA